GGAAGGGGAUAUAUAUGUGCUCCUUCACCAAACCGUCCUUGGGGGCAUUUAACAGUUGACCUCCUCCCGUAGCAUUUAGCAAUGACGAAGGUACACCCAAACGCUAACGCAUCUGUGUGUGUGUCGGAGACGGAGACGGAGAAGCCAAAUAAAAAUAGUGAUGCAAUGGCAGUGGUGCUAACAGUGUGGAAGAAGUCUCUGUUGCCAAACUGCAACGGAUUCACCGUUUUCGACACCCAACGAGGGAAUCUGGUGUUUAGGGUCGAUAAUUACGUCGCGCGGAAUAAGGAUCAGAUACUUCUCAUGGACGCUGCUGGCACACCUCUCCUCACCAUCCGCCGCAAGAGGCUAAGCUUGGUAUCAGACACUUGGCUGGUGUUUGAAGGAGAGGGCUCCGUCAAACAGAAACUGCUUUUUACAGCCGCGAGGAAGAACGUCAACGCCAAGUGUACUUUGGCACACAUCUUCAACAUCAAGAAGGAAGUAGCAUAUGAGAUAGAGGGAUCAUACGCCCAACGUUGCUGCACGUUUUACAACAACAAUAAGAUAAAAGUUGCAGAGAUGAAGAUGAAAGAAACUUUUGGCGCAGAUAUCUUCCGUCUCUUCGUACAGCCUCACAUGGACACCACUCUCGCCAUGGCCUUUGUCAUCCUCCUUGAUCACAUGUUUCCAUCUCCAUCUCGAUCAUCCUUCACUAUCACUUUUUGAUAUAUAUUUCGGAUUCCCUUGUAACCCUUCAAAGUUAAAAUCCUCCAGCUUGGUUUCUUCAUUUUAUACAAAAUCCCAAGCUCGAUCUCACUGAGGAUGUAAAUAACAAGCAUGUAUAUCAUUUAUCAUAAAAAAGAUGGUUGAAUAUUGAUUUC